ACAUGCUGAAAUGUUAACCUCCCUGAAAGACAGUCACAGUCACACUGCACGCUCAUGUUACCCUCCCUGUGGCACGGUCACGGUCACACUACAUGCUGAAAUGUUAGCUUCCCUGCAACACAGUGAAAGUCACACCGCACGCUCAAAUGCUAGCCAUUCAGCGGCACAGUCACACUGCACGCUCAUAUGUUAGCCACUCUGCGACACGGUCACAGUCACAUUGCACGAUCAUGUGUUACCAUCUCUGCAGCAUGGUCACGGUCACACUACAUGCUGAAAUGUUAGCCUCCCUGCAACACAGUGAAAGUCACACUGCAAGCUCAAAUGUUAGCCUCUCUGCGGCACGGUCACACCGCACGCUCAAAUGUUAGCCUCUCUGCUGCACAGUCACACUGCACGCUCAAAUGUUAGCCUCUCUGUGGCACAGUCACACUGCAUGCUCAAAUGUUAGCCUCUCUGCGGCACGGUCACACUGCACGCUCAAAUGUUAGCCUCUCUGCUGCACAGUCACACUGCACGCUCAAAUGUUAGCCUCUCUGUGGCACAGUCACACUGCACGCUCAAAUGUUAGCCUCUCUGCUGCACGGUCACACCGCACGCUCAAAUGUUAGCCUCUCUGCUGCACGGUCACACCGCACGCUCAAAUGUUAGCCUCUCUGCGGCACGGUCACACCGGACGCUCAAAUGUUAGCCUCUCUGCGGCACGGUCACACCGCACGCUCAAAUGUUAGCCUCUCUGCUGCACGGUCACACCGCACGCUCAAAUGUUAGCCUCUCUGCGGCACGGUCACACCGCACGCUCAAAUGUUAGCCUCUCUGCUGCACGGUCACACCGCACGCUCAAAUGCUAGCCUCUCUGCGGCACGGUCACACCGCACGCUCAAACGUUAGCCUCUCUGCGGCACGGUCACACUGCACGCUCAAAUGUUAGCCUCUCUGCGGCACGGUCACACCGCACGCUCAUAUGUUAGCCUCUCUGCGGCACGAUCACACUGCAUGAUCAUGCGUCAGCCUCUCAGCAGGACAGUCACACUGCAGGCUCAUAUGUUAGCCUUUCUGUGGCAUAAUCAUACACUGCACAUUUGUGUGUUAGCCUCUCUGCAGCACGGUCACACUGCACGCUGAAAUGUUAGCCUCCCUGCGGCCCCGUCACGCUCUGCUGUCCCCUGCAAGCCCUGCCUGCUACAGGGAAAUUGGCCAAUGAUGUCAUGUUUCGUGGACGUGGGCCAUUGCUCACAACAUAAGCAGUGUGACACCUGUGGGGGGCGCUGUGCCAGAGAGUGGCUCAAGUUCUGUCUUCUGCGGUUCAGAAAUGUGUUCUGGCAGCCUUCCUGUUCCUGUCUUCAGCCUGUGAUGGCACUCUUCUGUCUGCCAGCUUCGGGGGUGUCCAUACGGCUUUUUAUUCAGCCUAUUUGGGUUUGCAGCAGUGUGUAGUGUAUGCUGCUUGCUCAGCUGCUCUGAAGGCCUGAGUCCACAGUAAGAGGCUCCCCCCCAGGCGAGUACACUGAUGUAAUGGGGAAAGCUGCCCCCACGCUGCAUUAGAGCUCACCACUCCCCAAAGAUCAAAGCUUUUAGAAGAAAUGCAUUUACAGGAGCAUAGAGAGACACAACAUUAUGCCCCUUUGCAGUUAGUCCACUGGGUGGUAGCGUGGGCAAGCAGUGCAAAGAUUGGUGGGGGAAGGAGCAACACCAUAAGAGUGUGGAGACCAAAGCUGGAAUUUGGAGGAAUGUCCCUGUCUGCCUGAUUGCAGCACAGCAAGUGAAAUGCAACGCGAUUCCACACUGGGCACUUGGCACGUCUGCAGUGCAUCGGUGCAGUUUCUGCUGCACACCCCGCCCUGCCCCCUGCUGGCCUCUGCUUGCGAGCAAACGUGAAGGUGCUUCUAGCAGGUCCCCCCCCAGUAUGGAUAGCUGCCUGCUUAUGCAACAGCAGGAGACACUACUGACCCCUGCUCUGCUGUUAUUAGCUGGGUGGGGGGGCUUUUUUUUGUGGGACACGCCUCUUCAGAAUGUGACGGCAAGCAGAGCUUUCAUCAAGUCUGUGUCUUAGAAGAUGGAGGGAGGGAGGGAGUCAUCUGCACGUCCACCCCUAUGCAGAACCGCUGAUGUCAUGACUGUUGCUAUGGGCGACGAGUGGAGCAGAGAGAGGGACUUCGGUGCAGAGGGGGGCGGGGGUUUUCAAUGCAGAAAUCAAGGUAAUGGGACAAGUGUGACUAACGGCAGAUAGGAGACUGGCUGGGGGUGUCAUUCAGUAGGUUUUAUCCUUUUUUGGGAUGCAGUAUCACGGAGGGAGGGAGAGAGAAAAAAAAGAGAGGAGGGGGAGGGACAGAGACCAUUUUAGACAGGCUGAGCCAUCAGCCAAUUAGAAUGCACUGUGGUCACAGCCCAGCAUCCAAUGGCAUGUGCCGUGGUGUGCGGGCCCUUAUUAAUGAAUGGAGCAGCGGAGAGGGAGCAGAACGAGGCGAAGGUACGGCAGCAGGCAGCCAUGAAGGGGCUCCAGCAUGAGGCAGAUGAAGACGUAGACGCACAGAGCCCAGUGGAGGCUGCGGAGCCGGGGCCCACCUCUCUGCCGCUGCCCCAGUCCUCUCGGCGCUCCAUCUCCAUGGGGGACUUUCGGCGGGCAAACCCCCAGGCCGCCUCGGAACCUGCCUCGGCCGCCGCUACGGCCCCAUCCUCGCGCCUGGUGACGCCGAGCUCCAGCAUGGAGUUUGAGGCGGCGCGGCGGCGCCUCCUGGAGGUGGAGGAGCGCCAGCGUGUCAUCCGUGAGAUGGAGGGCCGGUUGGAGGAGCUACGCGAUGUGUUCGUGCGCUCCGAGCAGGAGGCGGUGGCGCACGGUGAGCUGGUGGCCCGCAUCACCAGCUCCGCCCAGCAGGGGGAGCUCUACGCUGCAGAGAACGGUCAGCGCCUGAAAAAGGGCCUGCGCUUCAAGGGCCGCCGGGCCUCCAUCGUGUUCUCCUCCAUGUUGGGUCUCCGCACAUGUCUGCCCUGGCGGGUCAAGCUCAAGUAGGGAAAGGCGACCCCCACAGCCCCGCUGCAAGCCACCUGCCUUCCUGAGGGGGACGCUCUACCUUCUCGUGGAUGUUUUACCAUGCGUCUCUCUGUCUCUUCCUCUGGCUGGUCGUGUAAUCUCAGGUGACUCCUCGCUGCUGACUUACACAAUGCGGAAAACAUGCGUCUGAAUCCUCCAGCUUUUGGAUAAUCCCCGCUGGUCUCCCGGACGACGCAGGUCUCCAGGUAACUGCAGCUGUACCAUGUACUGACCAGCAUGGAGCCCAACGCCCCCCUGCUCUCCCCCGCACGGUGACUCAGUGCUGGCAAGUUCGGCUGUACGGUUACAUAAACAUGGGAGAGAAACGGCAACGACAAGGUCACAGCAGGGGGGGGUGGACUCCAUCGUCAAGACAACAUGCCCGUGUUACUCAUCUCCGUGGCGACUGCAGGCACCUCCCUCAGUGAGUGUCUUCUCUGGGGGGGUGGGGGUGGAGUGCUCUGCAUUUGGAAACACUGAACUGUAGACUGUAGAAGCUUCUCACUUUCUUCAGGGAGGUUUGCUUGUUUUAUUCUCCAUUGCAGACAGCUCCCUGAACACUGCAUGAUGGGUAAUGGUCAUGGGAGGCAGCCGUUCUAGUUUUGGGUAUCGGUUACCGAAAUAUGGGGGGGGGGGGGGGCAUUGCUGUCCAUUUUCUUGCAGGGAUUUUGUAACCAGCUUCCUUGACCAAUAUCCUGGAGUCCUUUAGAGGUUCAGUGAAGUAUUAACACUGCAUUAAUACUCUGCCUGUCAGAUUAUUUUAAAAAAGUGAUGACUGGAGUUUCUGGACAGGAGUGCAAUAGAUGCUUUUAAUGUUGUGUGGGAGGAGACGCUGGUAACCAUCGCCCUUUGAACAUCUGCGUGAAGACAGUCUGCGUGCAGCAUGUGUUUGCACCACCCCCCUCCGAUCUCCGUCCCAGAAGGCUAAAUGGCCCCUUUCCAGAAAUAGCAUGUAGGGGGGAUGUUCAGUUUCUGCAGGACUCGGGUGCUUAAAACAGCGGUUUCGGGGAUGCAUUGCAGUGCGGACUGCUCCAUUAUGACAGAGACAAGUGGACAGCAGCCCAAACUCCCCCAUACCCCGACACAUACAGCUCCGUGGAGCCUUAUACCCCCCCGUUUUCAGGAUCCUGCUUAAACACAACGCUGUGAUGCUUCUUAGGUAUUACUCAUAUUUAUCUGUACCGUCACUAAAUUUUAAACUUAAGAAUCUGCUACAGUUUAUGCUUCAUGUAAACAUGAAAAUGUAACUGCCUAGAAGUUACUUUUAAGUAGGAGAUUAACUGGAAUGGGUGAACGCUUUUAAAUGCUUAUUUAAGCUGCAUUUUAUGCUGCCUGGACUCUUCUGUGGGUCCCGCUUCUAUCCAGCCGCCUCUAAUAUAGUACUGCACUGCACACCAGCCACCGAUAAAACGGAUUAUUUCUGACAGUUUUGAGUUUGUUCGCGCUGGUUUCACUCGGGUCGGGUGCUCUGUGUAAUAUAAAUACGAUACUGCCUUAUAUUGUCUAAACUUUAUGGAGGCUACUUUGGAUAAGUCUGCUAAAUGGAGAGAGACGUUACAGCUUUAUUAGUGCAGUGCGGUGCUCCGUGGUCGGUAGGAGACGCGCAGACAUAAACGCCGAGAUGUGCUGCUUGCUCUGCAGUUUAAAGCUGCUCAUUUACACGUAGUUAACAGCCGUAUCGCGUCCCUGUUUUUAUUAGGUCGUUUGAAGGUUCAAACGCAAGGGCUAAAGCUUAGAUAUAUACAGUAUACACUUCCGGACGUCUCCUUUCCUUUGGAAGACUGCGAGCAAAAUCACGCAAGGAUUAAAUGCUUCUGUUUUCCGUCUGAGAGUUCUUAAACUACGCUUAUAAGGGUAGUUGUGGGACAGUCAUUUGCUUACAUAGCAGCGAGAAGCCAGGGCUCCGGGUCCAGGCCGCCUGGGGGCGUCACCAGCCUCCCUCCGCUUCAUCCGCGGUUUCGCACGCACACAAACACGCAGAUUUUUACCCAAAGACCUCUUGACUCACAAGCAAUUUGAAUGUACGUGAAUGUGUUUCUAACGUGAAAUAUCAAGCAUUUGAUCUGUCUGUCGAGCCGGUGGCAGAGCAGGAAUGGAUCUCCGCAUCGAUCAGCCUCAGCCAGCCGGCCACGCACCCCUGUCCUGUCCAGAGAUGGCGCUGUCCGCAGGGGCUGCACGGCUUUUCCAAAUCAGACAUGUGGUACUAACUGAAUGUAAUUCGGUGUUGCUGUUUGUCAGGCAGCAACUGCCCCAUCAAUUUUUACUUAGCGCUUAUACACAGUUUAAAAGCAGCAUGUCUCUCCGUCGUGCAGGUGCCACUGAUUUCCGGACCCCAAAGAGGCGACACAGGGAUACUCACCCCGUUCACUGUCUGUAUGACCCCUGGGGGCAUCCAGGCCAAGCUUGUCGGAUUCUUGUGCGUCUGUGGCCUCUGAGGGGCUCAGUGUCACUGGGCUUCACAGCCUUUUCCACAGUUGAGUCUGGGCCAAUUGGACUUGCACAUCCCUGUAAUCCACCUUCAAACAGCCCAAACCCUGAACAUUCUGGCUGACCCAAAUACCAGCUGGAGCAUGUUCCUCAACACAGCAGCCCAGCUGUAGAGAUGACAGUGUGGGGUGAGAAGCCAAACAGACGUGAUUUGGUAAAGGCUUUUAAUUCAGAGCCCUCUAGUGGUGCGGAGGCAAGUACCUCUGGACAGGGGUGCUGCUGCUGCCUUCCCUGGGGGUGGGGGGGUAACAGACGCCCAUCUCCCUUCCUAGAUUGGUGUCAUGGGACUGCCGAGUAAUGAAUGAAUGUCACUUUUGCUGUUUCGGCUGUUUUUAAAUGUACAGACAAGAUUGUACUCAGAAAUAAAUUUGAGAAAUA